CCAUUUUGGCUCAGCCACUGACGCUUGAGCCCCUUGAGCGUUCACUUAACUGAGUUAUUUGUGCGUGCGACUGUGACACAGACGCGCUUCAGCGCCCUGUCAGCAUUAUGCUACGGGUUGUUUUCAGGAUUGCUGCAUCCACGGCAUUCAAUGUGAUACUCCCAGCAUUGGCUGCAUCUUGCAGUUCACAGGCAGAAGUACUGGUAGGGCAGUGGACAGUCGUGACGAGCCAGUCAAAACCCGACUGCAGCCAGACUUAUACUGUUGGCGACAAUUCGAACACCUACGUCCUCAUCAAUUGCUCUGAGGCGGCCACUUUCAACACACAGCUUCUCAGCGCAACCUGUGAGCCAGGAGUCUCUGGAGGGUUUUCUGGCAUGUUCUCAGAGGAGGACGACGGUGGCGGCACCUGGGACACCACGUACAUCUAUUGCAACUACUGGCAGAGGAGCUCCAGCACCUCAAACCUAGUGUGGGAGUGGUUCUGGACCACUGAUCAGAUUGCGGGGUGCCCGUCCACGCUGGCAGAGGCUAGAGCGAAACCUCUGAACGGUGACCUGUGGUACGCUGGUUCAAACAUGUCCGGGACCCCGACGAGCACCUGGGCGUGUGUUGGAAGUUGCCCGACGUUUUCAUGUGGUUGUGAUGAAGAUGUGAUUCCAGCGCCCGCAGCCGCUUCGUGCAGUUCUCAGGCAAAGGCGCUGGUAGGACAGUGGACAGUCGUGACUGACCAGCAAAACCCCGACUGUGAUCAAAUCGAGUCUAUUGGCAGCAAUUCGAACACCUACGUCGACAGCACUUGCUCUGAGGCGGCCACUUUCAACACACAACUUCUGAGCGCAACCUGUGGGCCGGGGGCUUUUGGAGGGCUUUAUGGCAUGUUCUCAGAGGAGGACGACGGUGGUGGCACCUGGGACACCACGUACAUCUAUUGCAACUACUGGCAGAGGAGUUCCAGCACCUCAAACCUGGUGUGGGAGUGGUUCUGGACCACCGAUCAGGCUGCGGGAUGCCCGUCCACGCUGGCAGAGGCUCGGGCGAAACCUCUGAACGGUGACCUGUGGUACGUUGGUUCAGACAUGUCCGGGACCCCGACGAGCACCUGGGCGUGUGUUGGAAGUUGCCCGACGUUGUCAUGUGGUUGUGAUGAAGAUGUGAUUCCAGCGCCCGCAGCCGAUUCGUGCAGUUCUCAGGCAGAGGCGCUGGUAGGACAGUGGACAGUCGUGACGAGCCAGUCAAAACCCGACUGCAGCCAGACUUAUACUGUUGGCGGCAAUUCGAACACCUACGUCCUCAUCAAUUGCUCUGAGGCGGCCACUUUCAACACACGACUUCUGAGCGCAACCUGUGGGCCGGGGGCUUUUGGAGGGCUUUAUGGCAUGUUCUCAGAGGAGGACGACGGUGGCGGCACCUGGGACACCACGUACAUCUAUUGCAACUACUGGCAGAGGAGCUCCAGCACCUCAAACCUGGUGUGGGAGUGGUUCUGGACCACCGAUCAGACUGCGGGAUGCCCGUCCACGCUGGCAGAGGCUCGGGCGAAACCUCUGAACGGUGACCUGUGGUACGCUGGUUCAGACAUGUCCGGGACCCCGACGAGCACCUGGGCGUGUGUUGGAAGUUGCCCGACGUUGUCAUGCGGUUGUAGUGGCGAGGUUAGCAAAGCCUAUUCCACGGCUGGACCUUUCUGUCCUGGCUCAUCUUACGGAAUUCAUGGUCUGGUUUUGUUGGCCUUUUCUGCUUUUUUGUCCUAGGGGCACAUCCAUGUCGGAACAGCAAUGACUGGCAGACACUGGUAAUGCGUUGCUUCAGCAACCCGCAGUCCUUAGAGUAAUUGUCUACGCUCGAAGUUGCCUACGCAGUUAACCACCCCUUUCUUUCGGCCUGCGUUCAUUCUCUGCGACUUACGCUGCAAAUGGGAAGAAGAGAGGCCCUGUGAGGGCGCUCCAAGACGUCCCAAUUCAUGUGUGUCUUCUUCGGUUGUCGAAAGAUGUAAACGCGUCGCCUUUUCGGGCUUCGACGCUCCAAGACGGUGGCGAUCCGGAUAAUCAGGCUGGAG